UCUUCUGUACUCAUUAGCUUCAUUGUAGUCCUGCAUUUGUCGCUAUCAGUUCUUCAACGAAAUAUAUUUUUAUGAAUUGUUUUAUGGAAUUCAAGGACGCCCAAACGAAAUCCACCAAGACACUUUGCAAAAGAAUGGCGAUAGCAAUUGAAAUUUACAAUGGUUUGACAACGUUCAUUUGUGCCUUUUACCUUUCCUUUUCAAGGUUACCCAACAGGGAGUUUGGAGCUGCUCUAAUUGAUUACAGAUAUAGGAGUAUAAAAUUGAAGCAUACAGAUGUCUUUGCGGCGGGGCUUAUGUAGUUUCUGAACUUUUGGCCCAAACAAAGUACUUGCUGCUCGCCUACAUUGUUUGGGCCAAAACUUUGCCUGUUCCUUUUUUUUUUUUUUGAGUGUUGCGUCCUCCAUUUUUCUAACUCUUAAGUCAACUUGCGAUUUGACCGCGGAGACCAUCCAUGCAGGGUCCAGGAUGAUCUGCGAUCGGCGCCUCCAAUCUUGAAAACGAAAUAUGACUCGUUCUUCACGCGUUUUCGAUGAAACAACCCCCAAAAAAAAACUUGCAAUAACUCUUAGCUUCAGUCCUCUGCUCGUUGCAAUCUCAAUGCAGUCGUCUUGCAGUCUUCCUCAUCUGAGCUUUCCAAAUCGCUUCGCCGAUCCCGACACGCCCAAUGCCUCCCUCACACCUCCUCUCGCUGCUUCUGGCCGUCACCGUCGCUGCCACCGUCGACGUCGUCCAUGCGCAGGGCAUCCCCUUCCCGACGCCAGCAUCCACGAACCUCUCCACCAGCUGGACCAUCAGCCUCAAGGCGGACGGCCACGGCGCCCAGUCCUUCGACUACAUGGACAGCACGUCCGUGAGCGUCUUCCUCCUCCAGUCCAUCCAGUCGCCGCCGCAGGAAGGUCUCUGCUUCGCCGCGUGCUUCUACUGCGUCGCCCCGUGCGAGGCCUUCCUCUUCGGCGUCUGCAUCGUCUACGUCGACGGCGGCGGCUUCCUCAGCUGGCCGAACGCGGGCAGCCCGCAGGUGGUCUGGUCCGCAAACCGGGACCGCCUCGUUCGUGAGAACGCCACCCUCAGCUUCACGGCCGGCGGCGACCUACAGCUCCGGAACACCGCCGGAGGCCUCGUCUGGUCCACCGGCACCUCGGGCCAGUCUGUUGCCGGGAUGACCGUGACCAAGUCCGGCAACCUGGUGCUGUUCGAUCGCAAGAAUGCAGCGGUGUGGCAGUCAUUCGACCAUCCGACGGAUUGUCUGCUCCCAGGGCAGCCACUAGUGGAAGGGAUGAGGUUGACGCCAAAUGCAUCCAGCACAAACUGGACGACAAGCAAUCAGCUUUAUCUCACUGUCCUUUCAGAUGGUCUGUAUGCAUUUGCAGAAUCUUCGCCGCCUCAAUUGUACUACCAAAAGACGGUGACCACCAAAGCUGGAAGCAGGAAAACUUACAUGACCCUGACAAAUGGCUCGGUGGCUAUCUUUGCAUCCUCCUCAUCUGUCAAUGUAUCAACUCUACAGCCAAACAGCAUGAUCAACAUGACGGCGGGAGAGAUGGAGUAUGUGAGGCUCGAAUCUGACGGACACUUGAAGUUGUACCGGUAUAAAGGAAUUGAAGGAUGGCCGAUGGUGCAGGACAUUCUGCAGGGGCAGGUAGGCAGUUGUGCUUACCCAACUGUUUGUGGUGCUUAUGGCAUUUGCGUCAGUGGCCAGUGUACAUGCCCAACUGACGGCACCGCUACAUACUUCAAGCAAAUAGAUGACCGCAGGAUCAACCUUGGAUGUGUGCCCGUGACUCCAAUUUCUUGUGCCUCGAUGCAAUACCACCAGCUCCUUGCUCUGAGUAAUGUUUCUUACUUCAAUUAUAUAGAUACAAAGGCCGCGUUGCCUCAGAUGAUUGACGAAGAAAGCUGCAAGAAGGCCUGCUUGCAGAAUUGCUCCUGCAAGGCUGCAUUCUUUCAGUAUGGUGGUAACGACACCUCUCAAGGCUCCUGUUACCUGCCAACACAAGUCUUUUCGUUGCAAGUAAAUCAGUGGCAAGAAACUCACUAUAGUUCUUCUGCAUACCUUAAGGUGCAGAUCACAAGGUCUCCUCCUCCUAUUCCUGGUCCCUCGAAUCCCAAUGGAACAGUGAGUAGGUCCACACCCACAAGAAAGGGAAGGAUUGGUGCAGGUGUGAUUGUUGGAUCGACACUUGCAGGGGUCAUUUUUGUACUAGCUGUGAUCAUCAUUAGCUUGAUGGUAAUCCGGAGGCGAUAUCAGAGUAGAGAUGAUGAGGAUGAUUUUGGAGAAGUGCCAGGUAUGACUACUAGAUUCACAUUUGAGCAGUUGAAAGUAGCAACUGAGCAAUUCAGCAAAAUGAUUGGGAAAGGAGGAUUUGGAUCUGUUUUUGAGGGACAGGUAGGUGAGCAGAGAGUUGCCGUAAAACAGCUGGAUCGAGCUGAUCAAGGAAAGAGGGAUUUCUUGGCAGAAGUUGAGACAAUUGGAAACAUUCAUCAUAUAAAUCUGGUGACAUUGAUUGGCUUUUGUGCAGAGAAAUCUCAUAGACUCCUAGUAUAUGAAUAUAUGUCCCAAGGAUCAUUGGACAGAUGGAUCUAUUCCCAAGAUGCAAGUAUGUCUCUAGAUUGGCAUGCACGAUGCAGAAUUAUCACCGAUAUCGCCAAGGGCCUAGCUUAUCUUCAUGAAGAGUGCAGACAGCGAAUUGCUCAUUUGGAUAUCAAACCACAAAAUAUCCUCUUAGAUGACAACUUAAGCGCAAAGCUUUCUGAUUUCGGGCUAUCUAAGAUGAUUGACAGGGAUAAGAGCCAAGUGAUUACAAGAAUGAGAGGCACUCCUGGAUAUUUAGCUCCUGAGUGGUUGACAUCACAAAUCACUGAGAAAGUUGACAUAUACAGCUUUGGGGUAGUAGUCAUGGAAAUUAUCAGCGGGAGAAAGAAUCUUGAUUAUUCUCGACCUCAAGAAAGUGUUCAUCUCAUUAGCAUAUUGCAGGAAAAGGCAAGAAAUGAUCAGUUGGAAGAUCUGAUUGAUAUUCAUAGUGAGGAAAUGCAAAUUCACAAGGAAGAAGUGAUUCAGAUGAUGAGGCUCGCGAUGUGGUGUUUGCAGAUUGACUACAACAAGAGGCCUCAAAUGUCAGUUGCUGUGAAAGUGCUAGAAGGUACAGUGAAUGUAGAAACUAAUAUAGAAUUCAACUUCGUAGCUAUGGUUCCAAAUAACCUUACCAAUGAUGGGAAAUUGGCUUCAUCAGCUCCACUUCUAGCCUCCCAUUUAUCAGGUCCUAGGUGAACAAGGAAAUCUGAGCAAAGAUCGCAGGGAAUAUUUGUAUGCACAGAAUAACCAUGUUUCUGUUGCACAUAAUAAUAUAUUCUGAUGUACUAGAUCUCUCAAAAACAUCAAAAUAGCAUAAAGUAUUUUUAAUGCCAAAUAAAGAAUACCCUGAGAAGAACUGUAAUAUUAGUGUUAUUAUAUAUAUUCUAC